AUGACCACCCCCUACGAGAAAGCACUCAGCGCAAUCGACGCCGCCCACGCCCUCGACCCCACCAAAACCACAAUCGCUGGCGAAGUCAUCCCUUACGAACUCCACUACGCCCAAAAAUGCACCCACUACCUCUCUCUCCGCUGCCCCUCUGCCCCUGAGCCCCUCCGCCUCGCCAUCCGCGCCCAGCACUUUCGGCGCUGGGAAGUCCCCCGCUCCUCAUACCCCAUGACGCGCCCGGGCUACCACGCCUGGCGCAGCUUCCUCAAAACACGGCAAGCAGCACUCGUGCGCGACAUUUGCGUCUCGGCAGGCUACGACGAAGCCACGAGCGAGCGGGUGGGCGCGCUGAUUCGCAAGGAAGAUUUGAAGACGGAUGAGGAGACGCAGGUGCUCGAGGAUGUGGCCUGUCUUGUGUUUUUGGACGACCAGUUUGAGCAGUUUGAGCGCGAGCAUGAUGAGGGCAAGAUUAUUGGGAUUUUGAGGAAGACGUGGGGGAAGAUGUCGGGGGAGGGGAGGGCGUUGGCGUUGGGGAUGGAGAUGGGGGAGCGGCCGAGGGAGGUGGUGGCGAGGGCGUUGGAGGGGCUGUGA